UUGAAAAGCAGCCACGCAACAUACAGGCGUGUAAAAACAGAUGGCCUUGCUUGCUCAUAAAAGUCGCUCAGAGUUUAUGGCCCUCAUUUAUUGGUGUUCAUUACUUAGGCAGAAGGAACUACCGCAUCAAGACUGAAGGUCUGACCAAGACGCUGUUCUGACCGAGAACAACUUACUGCCUAAGAGGAGAAGCAGCGUGAAUGAAUAACUUACAAACAAAACAAAGAAGGACCGUAGCUGCAAUGGAUGGAUGUGUUAAUGGACCUCUUUUGCUGAAUGUUGAGUGAUGUAGGUGGGGCAGCAGUGACAGAAUAGCAAAGACUGGAAAGGCUUCUUUUUGGCAUUUCAUAUUCCUGGCAUUAAUAGCUAUGGUCUCAGGGCAGGUGAUCCUCUCUGUCUACAUCCUCACCUUCUUGAUUGGCCUGCCAGCAAAUGCGCUCGCCUUCUAUGCCUUCGUCAAGAAGCUUCGAGAGAAACCCACACCUACUGACAUCCUCUUGCUGAACCUGACCAUCUCUGACCUCCUGUUCCUCUCCUUCCUGCCCGUGAAGAUGUACGAGGCGGCAUCGGAUAUGCGCUGGUUUCUCCCAGGCUACCUGUGCCCCGUCACCACCUUCUUCUUCUUCUCCACCAUCUACACCAGCUCUGUCCUGCUGAUGGCCGUGAGCGUCGACCGCUAUCUGUGCGUGGCGUUCCCCGUCCAAUACAAGAUCCAUCGCAAGGCUCUCUAUGGUAUCAUCUGCAGCGGCUUCAUCUGGAUCACCACGUCCACCCAUCUCUGCUUCGUCUACAUCGUGGACCACCUCACCACGGGGGAAAGCCACAUCCAGGACUGCUACAACAACUUCACCCAGUCUCAGCUGGACGUGGUGCUGCCCAUGCGGCUGGAGCUGUGCCUGGUCCUGUAUGUCCUUCCGCUCUUUGUUUGCAUCUUCUGUUACACAAGGUUCAUUCUCAUCCUCCGGAGGACAUCCAAUCUCAAUAAGGGGAAGCGGCGGAGGGCUGUGGGCAUGGCGGUGGGCACACUGCUGGUCUUUGUGUUGUGCUUCCUGCCCUACAACAUCACACACAUUCAGGGAUUCAUCAUCCAGGAAGACGUUUCCUGGAGAUCUGAGGCCUUGCUCCUCACCACGGUCAACACGAUAUUCGACCCCAUCACUUUUUAUUUCUCCUCAGCCUCUUUCCAAGGAAAUCUAAAGGGGCUUCUGAGGCACAAGCCUAAGACCAGUUACCCCGGCAUUGGGAUAACUAAUGUCAGCACUAUUCAGAAUACAGUGAGGCAAGGUGACCACACUGCAAACAUGCAAAACCAUCAUGCAGGUGCAUCGCAAUGGCAACAGACAGAGAACUGGCCUUGUCAGGCCAUUUGACACUGAUAGCAGAUCGUCUUCAAAGCUGUUAUGUUUUACAUUAUGGUUAAUUUUAAGACCACUACGGGGGAAGGACAGUGAAAUGCCAUAUAAAAAUAGUGAGGGAAGUAACUGAGGAUGUUUUCCCAUCACCGGGUGGUGUCAUGCCAAAGAAAAUAUGGCAAACAAACCCAGACUCUGCUAAAGGAAUCCAUAAACAAACUGAACACAGACCACUUCUUGUUAUAGGACUUAAAUCAUUCAGCGAUGACAUGACAGUAUCUUAUUGGACUCGUCUACCAUCCACCAUUUUGGCAAGUUUAGUCAGUCCAGGCCGAAGCUCUGGACUCAUUUAAUACAUUUGCAGAGCUGUCUAGCAUGUGGAUCUACAUGGCUACCAGAUCAGCAACAGA